AUGGACCAGCGGGAACUGCCGUCAUCAUUGUUACACACGGCCGACCAACCCGCCCUGCGCAGGACCCCGUGGGAAGUGAAGAACGACGAAACGUCCACGAACACAUCUCCCGAGAACAUCCAUCCAGGCAUGCAUCCAACAAACCUGCACUGCUCGACCUCAGCAACUUCAGCCUGGCCGAAGCAGUGUUCUGGCGAGGGCGUGAUCCCGCGCGCAAGCAAUUCAGCCUGCUGCGGCCCACUGGCAACGACCCUCUUGGUAGUCUCAAGCAUAUCGGCAGAGCACCCCUCCCUCCUUACGACAGCAGAGCAAGGGCACUCAAAAAAGUUGUGCCACACCGGGCCUGCGCAUCCACACUGCCUGCAGAAAGAGGGUCGGCGGCCUUGCAAGCAAGGAAAAGGCGUUGCUGGCACCAGUGCGUUCCAGCGCUGA